UCCUGUGUGAGCAGCCGGGUAAAAAUGCGACGUCUACAGACGUACGGGUCAUGUGAUCAGGAAGUAGUGAUGUGGCCGGCAGCACGGGGCAGGAGCUGGGAUAGAGCGCAUCAGCCAGGCAGCACCUGUCAGAGGAGGAAGCAGUGACUGCCGAGAUGGCUGCUCCAGUAGAGACUCUUUGCUUGUUUGAUGUGGACGGCACGCUGACGGCUGCCAGGCAGAAAGUCACCAGUGGCAUGGCAGAAUUCCUUCAGAAUUUGCGAAAGAAGGUAAAAGUUGGAGUUGUCGGAGGGUCAGAUUUUGACAAAAUCAAAGAACAGCUGGGAGAAGAUGUGGUUGAAAAGUUUGACUAUGUCUUUGCUGAGAAUGGGCUGGUAGCAUACAAAGAUGGACAGUUUCUGUGCAAACAGAGCAUCCAUGCGUAUUUGGGAGAGGAUAUAUUACAAGACAUCAUCAACUACUGCCUAGCGUACAUUGCCAAACUUAAACUACCAAAGAAAAGAGGAACAUUUGUUGAAUUCCGAAAUGGGAUGCUGAAUGUCUCCCCGAUUGGAAGAAACUGCACCCAAGAGGAACGUAUUGAGUUCUAUGAACUAGAUAAGAAAGAACAUUUUAGAGACAAGUUUGUUGCAGAGUUACGGAAGACAUUUGAAGGAAAAGGUCUCACGUUUUCAAUAGGUGGCCAGAUCAGCUUUGAUGUGUUCCCCAAUGGCUGGGACAAGACCUUCUGCCUGGGAAUUCUUGAAAAGGAUAGAUUCUCCAAAAUCUACUUCUUUGGGGAUAAAACCAUGCCAGGGGGAAAUGACUAUGAAAUCUACACGGACCCAAGAACAGUCGGUCACUCUGUGACAUCUCCGCAGGACACACAGACAAUCUGUACAGAGCUUUUUUUCCAGUAAACACUUUCUAAUUGAACAGAAUGUUCUGUCAUUAUAUAAUAGCCUGUGGGAUUUCACUUGUUAAUUAUCUGGCAUGGACAUUUGUCUUUACAGGUUUUCUGAAUGUGUAAUGGAUAAUAUUCAAUCUGCAUUCAAUACUAAAUAUUAAGUUUAACAGAGAUGGCCUCCUCUUAGUAGAGACCUGGGAAUGGUUCACUACAGCAUCAGCAAAAGCUGGUGCUGCUGAUCAAUUAAACCUUAAGCGGGAAUGAAGCUUUUAUAUGAAAGGUGACGUACUGCAACACUGAAAACAUCAGCAAUUUAGUGACCUCCUAAGCCAGAAGUUCCCAAACUCUGCCAUUACAGUCCAUGUUUUAAGGAUAUCAAUGCUUGAGUCCAGAUGGUUAAAUCAAAUUGACUGAGGCACUAAUUAAGUCAUGUGUGCUCAAAUGGAUAUCCUUACAUAGACUGUAAUGGCGGAGUUUGUGAGACUCUGCUAUAAGUAAACGUUUGUCAGUGUCAUAAGAAAGCGGUCAAUAAAUAAAUUAGUGCCGUUUUCUUUAUACACAUAGGAUUUUAAUCAGAGAUGGACGCCAUUUUUUUAAUCUGAGUGGCUGAGUGUGAUGUCACGCAGCAGCCCCGAAAACGCUCCCGUCCUGCCGCCAUUUGGCCCACCACGCCACCCCAACGCUGUGUCACCACCAUGCCAACGCCCGCUGCUGUUAAUCACACGUUGGCCGCAUCCUUCCGGGAUUCGGUCGCGAUGUGUAAGGAUGCGCACAUCGGCCAGUGCACGUGCGCAGACCACCCGAAUGCAGCCACUGUAUACAGACGCGAGGCUGCGUUCGGGUCUGAAUGACCCCCAUAGACCUGAUAAUUUAUGACAGGCAGCAGAAUUCCUAUGUCUGUCAGUGUUUCCAACUCCAGUGCUCAGCAACGGGUGUAGUACGGGUGACCGGCGGUCUCCUGACCGCCGGUCAUCUUACCGACGCCGGGAUCCCGGCGGGGAAGGGCGAGUGCAGCAAGCCCCUUGCGGGCUCGCUGCGCUCGCCACGCUGUGGGCUCGGUGGCGACCUGCGGUCGCCACGGGUUCUAUUCCCACUCUAUGGGUGUCGUGGACACCCACGAGUGGAAAUAGUCCCUGUUGGUCGGCAUGCCGACCAUCGGGAUAGUGAGCCGUCGGGCUCACGGAGGAGGUCAUGUGACUGUCGGUCAGCCGACCGGCGGUCACAUGACUACCACCCCUCAGCAACCCCUAGCCUUGCAUGCUUGAUACCCAUUUCACACAUCCAGCUAAAUCCUGGGUUUUUGAAUGUGAACGCCCAUCAAGCUGGGAUUUCUGCAUGUGUGAAAGGAUACCACCCUGGACUAAGUCCUGGGUCCACAACCCUACUCCUAACCACAAUCACAGAGCUGAGACCUGGGGGUAAAUUUACUAAGAUGGGAGUUCUAUUUAAGAUGAGAGGUUGCCCAUAGCAACCAAUCAGAUUCUACUUCUCAUUUAUCUAGCACCUUCUAGAAGAUACCUUAAAUCUGAUUGGUUGCUAUGGGGAACAUCCCAUCUUAAAUAGAACUCCCUAAUCUAUCUGUCUGUGUUGUUGUUAGUCAUUGUGUAAGUUGUUAAAGCAUAAAAUUUAAAAAUCCAAUAAAAAUUUCUUGAAUUUAAAAAAAAAAAAAAUAGAACUCCUGUCUUAGUAAAUUUACCCCCUGGGAAUUUGCCCGCUUGCUAGACCCGGCAAAUUCCUGGGUCACAAGUCUACAAAGACUUGGUAUCUGCACACUCAAUAUAAUAUUCAAAUAUUGUGGGUGUAUGUGAUUCGUCACCAUAUACCCACUACUAGAAGCCCCUUUCUCAAAAUAUUGGGCAAUGCUCAGUAUAUUUAGGGGGUGCUGUCAACUACAGUGUACGUAGACUGAAUUUUGUAGGGAGAAGCAAGAAGAAAUCUGUAUUGUUGACGCACUAAACAGGAAUAAUUGUAUCAUAAAAUAUAACCUUUAUUAGAUAUGCAUUAAAAUAGGAUAUAUGCUAUUAUUAUUAUUAUCCCGGGUCACAAGUCUGAAAGUGGCAAAUACAGAUUCUAGUACGUAUAACAGUGAAAUAAUUAGCUCCACCUGUGGAUUUUUUUCAAUUGUCAGCCAGUGAUGACUGCACCUGUGCACCAACCGGGUAAAAUAUGCACUGUUAGGAGUCACCGAGGUCUGUUGGGAGACACCGAUGUAUGUAAUCACACAAAGCCACAGUUACAUAUGGGAUCUGUAUCAAAAGAGAUGGGUAUGUGUAACACACAAAGGUGAGACAAGAUUCCCCACAGCCCUCCCAUCAGAGUUUACUACCCUACCUCAUAUAAACUUGACAUACUGCAGUCACUUGAGAGAUUUAUUGGAUGUCUUAUAAUAAAGAUGUAUUUUCUUAAAUGACAGGCUUUAUGGCCAUAUUGAGUUACUUUUUGAGAGGCUAGUUUUGAAUUACUAGAAUUGCACAAGUUUUCUAGUUCUUUAUCUACUUUUAAUUAGUACAUUAUUUAGGGAAGGGUUUCUGGGUAAUAUAAUAAAAAUAAUAAUUGUAUUUAUCGCUUUCCUCACAUAGGACUCAGUCACUUUACAAACCUCAAAAUUAGUUUAUCCUACAGUAUGUUGGCUUUCUGAGAGUGAUAUACAAGCCUCAGUAAGCAGCAAGUGACUUGACCGAUAGAUAUCUCGUUACUUUUACAUAAAGUACAGAACGUGGAUUGUGACAGAUGUUUAAAGUUGCAUUUAUUUAUUCAAUAUAGGUCAAUAGUCUGCAUAAAAUGUUUUUUUUCCAAUAAUAAUUGGUCUUGUAAUUUAACAAGUACAGGUUGAGUAUCCCUUAUCCAAAAUGCUUGGGACCAGAGGUAUUUUGGAUAUUGGAUUUUUCCGUAGUUUGGAAUAAUUGCAUACCAUAAUGAGAUAUCAUGGCGAUAGGACCCUAGUCUAAGCACAGAAUGCAUUUAUGUUACAUAUACACCUUAUACACACAGCCUGAAGGUCAUUUUAGCCAUUAUUUUUUAUAAGUUUGUGCAUUAAACAAAGUGUGUCUACAUUCACACAAUUCAUUUAUGUUCCAUAUACACCUUAUCCACACAGCCUGAAGGUCAUUUAAUACAAUCUUUUUAAUAACUUUGUGUAUUAAACAAAGUUUGUGUACAUUGAGCCAUCAAAAAACAAAGUUUUCACUAUCUCACUCUCACUUAAAAAAGUCCGUAUUUCGGAAUAUUUGGAUAUGGGAUACUCAACCUGUAUAAUGUAUUUGUUUUCAGCCAGGCCUGUCAGAUCAACUAUUUGUGGGACUACACGUGCUGCAUUGCUUUGUUAUCACAUAUUACAUACAACAUUGCAUGUAUGCUUAUAUGUGCUGGAUGCCUUACCCAGGGAUCAGGGAAAUGCUGCUGCAUCCCAAAUGCAGCGGCUGUGAAACGCACAGCACUGUUGAUCCUGGAGCUAAGGCAGCUCGUACAUAUAUUACAUACAACCCCGCCCCCACCUCCAGUGCAAAGCGUGGUGUGCACUGCAGCUGCCACUGCUCCGAAGUAUGAAAAUCAUGAAGAUUCAGAGUUACAGCCUCUGUGAUCCGCUGUUGUAUCCAAAGAUGCAGCAUCGGAUUAUCUUCAUGAGCACUGGACUUCGGAGUAACCCUCAGGUUACUCAGAAUAUCCGGUGAAAUCACGCUGCUGGAGCCAGUGUAGCUGUGUCCUAGGACUCGGCCACUGGUAUCAGCACGCCCCCAAAAAAACAGGGCAGACGCCCCAUUGUUCUGAUACGCUGUCCCCAAAUGCCAGCAGAUCAAAAAACAUUGCAGAUUUAUGUAAACAUUGGGAUUAUACACAUCUCUGAAUCAGGCUCAAUAUUCACAUAUGUACAAUUAUCUGAUAAAAAAAGAAAGUUAUUGGUGAUUUGAACAGAGUAGGACAUUAUUUGCCCAUACACAUUACACUUCCCUGUCAGUAAGUUAUGUGUUUAAGGGUUUACUGUCUCAACAAUAAAAGAUGUGUACAACAAAUCCAUCAUAUGUUAAUGUACAAUAUCUGACGCAUCUUUUACAAUAAUGGUGACUAGUGCACACCUCAUGGACUUCCAAACCACCUCUGACAUCAAAAAGAGGAGUGACCAUAGGGGAAAUGUAUCACACCUAGAGUGAAGAAAUGGACAAGCACCAAAUCCACUUCUUUCUAGCGUUUAGCGAGUACAUUCUAUAAACGAUAGGUAGAAGCUGGCUGGUCGCUGUGGCCAACUUCGCUGUGUAGGUUUCAUACAUCUCCACUCAUAUACUGUAUGUGUAGUAUGUGCUCUAGCUACUUUCUUGCACCACACUAAGGCCCCAAUUUACAAAGCCUUGGAGAGUGAUAAAUUGCACGGUGAUAAAGUACCACCCAAUCAGCUCCUGUCAUUUUUCAAACACAGCCUGUAACAUGGCAGUUAGAAGUUGAUUAGUUGGAACUAUAUCGCCGUGCAAUUUAUCACUCUCCAAGGCUUGAAAAAUCUGGGCCUUAAACUUCAAAAGAGUGGAGAAUUGGACGAGUAGAGAAGUUGCCCAUAGCAGCCAAUAGACUUCUAGCUAGUUUUUAUCAAAUACAUUCUGUAGAAGGUUUAAUACUGUACUUGUCCCCCUAAGUGAUUAUAGUAGCUAGUGUAAUAAAUGUUUUCAAAUUAUACCUUUGUCUGCUUUCACUGUGUAAAGUUAGCACUAUUGUAAUUAUGAUUUCAAAUAAAAUAAUUUGUGUUAACGAAA